CCUGUCUCUCCCUCCCUCCCAAAGCUGGAAUUUUGCAUGAUCCUCUCCUCUGCCUCCAACAAUAAGCACCGCUCAUACUAAUUUAGUAUUCUACCUUCUUCUCUGCUUUCCCCUCCCUCUCUCUGUUUCUUCCAUCCUCAUCUCUUUCUUCCUCUCACGCCUUCACCAAAUUGCAAAGAAGGAUUUCCCCCACCACCUUCAUCAUUGUCAAUAGUCCUUCUUUCAGAUUUCAGGUGUGGGCACGAGCUCCCUGGGUUUAGAAUCUAUGGAAUUAACAUUCCCGUAAGAGAUACCAUGGCACGCUAAGCUUGUGUGUAUGUAGAUUGUGGAGAAGAGAAGAGGGGAAAGAAGGAAAACCCAGAAAUGAAAUCUACUGGUGAUAACGGAAAAGAGUUUUCGAGCGACGAUGAGGCUUCUCCGAGGGGGAUACUGGAAGCCCCUGUUUCUGGAACAGAGUCCGACCACAGCGGAAGCAGUGAUUUCAGCUCAUUUUCAUCGGAGAAAUCGGCGGCGGAGGUGGUGACGGAAGAGAAGGAGGUUGUUCGAGAAGUUUCUGUGCCGGCAUGGAAGUCUAUGAUUGAUGUUUUCAAGUUCAAAACUGUGCGAAGAUUGACUGCAAUUCCUCUGCUUGUGGCGAACCAUGAUGUGUCUAAGAAGGGUUUAUCGAAAAAACUGGCUCGUAUUCGAAGUGCUGAAGAUAGUAUUGAUAUUGGGGCUAUUCCUACCAAACCCUCUUGGAGGAACUUCGAGUACGCUGAGCUUGUAGCUGCUACCAAUGAUUUCAGUUCAGAGAACUUGGUUGGGAAAGGUGGUCAUGCUGAAGUAUACAAAGGACAGUUACCUGAUGGUCAAGUUAUAGCAGUAAAGAGACUAAUGAAGAAUGAAAAGGAUGCUGCAGACAGAGCUGGUGAUUUCUUAACAGAGCUUGGGAUCAUUGCACACAUUAACCACCCAAAUGCCACACGCCUAGUCGGGUUCGGAAUUGACCGUGGUCUCUACUUUGUCCUGCAAUUUGCUCCACAAGGCAGCCUCGCUUCUAUGCUUUUCGGUUCUGAAUGCUUGGAGUGGAAGAUGAGGUUCAAGGUAGCUACUGGGGUAGCAGAGGGAUUGCAUUAUCUCCAUCGAGAUUGCCCAAGACGUAUCAUUCACAGGGACAUCAAAGCUUCCAACAUAUUGCUCAAUGAAAACAAUGAAGCUGAGAUUUCUGAUUUUGGACUGGCAAAGUGGCUUCCAAAUAACUGGGCACACCAUGUUGUCUUCCCAAUUGAAGGCACAUUUGGGUAUUUGGCUCCUGAGUACUUCAUGCAUGGACUUGUGGAUGAGAAGACUGAUGUUUUUGCAUUUGGGGUUUUGCUGCUGGAGCUCAUAACAGGUCGUCGUGCAGUUGAUUCAAACAGCAGGCAAAGUCUUGUGAUCUGGGCCAAGCCUCUUCUGGACUCAAACAAUGUGAAGGAAAUAGUAGACCCAAGAUUAGAAGAGAAUUAUGAUCCUACUGAAAUGAAGCUUGCAAUGGCUACCGCUUCCAUGUGCGUCCACCAUACAUCCUCAAAGCGGCCAUAUAUGAAUCAGGUUGUGCAGCUCCUGAAGGGUGAAGAGACAAUUAUCGAUGCGAAGCCAACUACAGUUGCACAAAAAUCUCUUAUGUUGGAGGCAUGUGACCUAGAAGAUUAUACUUGUUCUAAUUACUUGAAGGACCUCAACCGCCAUAGGCAACUAGUCAUGGAGUGAUCUUUUGUUAAUCCUGCUUGUUGUCUCUACUGAAUCUUGGGAUUUCUUGUUUCCCCUAUGUACAUUAUAUAUAUCUAUUGAAGGCUAUGGAGUGAUCCUUGUAGCAGUGUGUGAGUGGCUGAAUCCAAAGUCACAAGCUACUGUUUUUUUAUCAACCUUAAUGGCUUGAAAUUUAGCAUGACUUGGUAGGGAGGAUCAGUCAUGAAGUGAAUCAUAGUUCUGGCUUUGGGGAUUGAGUUAAUGCCUGAGAAAAUCUAUUUCUGAAAGAACAAUGUAUUUGUGAAAUUAUGCACCAGAGUGUUUGUACCUUUUUUACUCUGCAGUGCGAUCCAGACAUGUUCACUCAA